UGCACGUACACUACAGACGGCAAACGCAAGAAAGGCCUUUUACGUCGAUCGGCAUCUUGGAGAAAAGAACGAACGAAUUUGCCGUUUUGCCAGUCUACAAACAAUCAUGACAAAUCAACUUUGCAAGCUUUUUGUCGGUGGAUUGAACGUCGAGACUACCGACGAUGGACUCAGGCAGCAUUUCGAGCAGUAUGGUCAGCUAACUGAUUGCGCGGUGGUUCUAAAUCAGCAGCUGCAACGGUCCCGCUGUUUCGGCUUUGUCACGUACUCUACACCGGAGGAGGCCGAUGCCGCCAUGGCUGCCAGGCCACAUGUCGUAGAUGGUACAAACGUGGAGUUGAAGAGAGCCGUUGCUCGUGAAGAUGCAAAUAGGCCAGAGGCACUAGCUAAAGUCAAGAAAAUAUUUGUAGGUGGUUUGAAAGACGACAUAGAAGACGAACAUCUGAAUGAGUAUUUUUCCCAGUAUGGCGCAAUAGAGAAGGCCGAAGUCAUAACCGAUAAAGAGACUGGGAAGAAGCGGGGAUUCGGCUUUGUCUACUUUGAAGAUAAUGACUCGGCCGACAAAGCAGUAUUGUUGAAGUACCACACCAUCAAUGGGCACAAAGUGGAGGUGAAGAAAGCUCUCACCAAGCAAGAGAUGCAGGCGGCCGGUGGUCGCGGUGGAAGAGGAGGACGAGGAAGGGGGAUGUCAUACAACGGCUACGGUGGCGGCCGAGGUGGAGGCUAUGGCAGUUAUGGCGGAGGCUACGGAGGUAACGACGGUGGCUACGGCGGCGGGUACAGUAACGGCGGAGGCUACGGUAACCAGGGGGGUUACGGAGGAGGUUAUGGGGGCCAAAUGGGGGGUGGUUACGGAUACAGUGACUUUGGCGACGACUACGCACAGCAGUCUUCCGGUUACGGUGCCAUGAAGGGGGGCAAUUACUCCAGCAGAAGCGGUGCACCGUAUGCACGCGGAGGCGGCGGCGGCGGCUACGGCAGGGGGGGAUAUGGCGGCUAUUAGAAACCAUUGACCUCCGUAAUUAAUUUGGAAAAGUCCAUAGGGAAAGUUUGAUUCAAAGAACUGAUAUUACACCCAUGGGUCGGGGUGCUCACUUUCUUUGUUGCUACAAUGGAACCCAAGGAAUCGUCGCCCAUCACCCACUCCGAAUGAAUGAACACCCCUCCCCCUAGCCCCUGUUUUCAACCCCUUCCACAUAGACUCCUAAACAUUAUGGACUUUGAUACCAGUUAAACUUUUAAGAACUGUCAAAUUGUAAUUUUAUUUUGAAAUGUUUGUUUUUUUGGAAAAUAAAUGUAGUUCACGUCGCAUUUUAAGAAGUUGGGUGAUAACAGUCAAGUUAUCAGCCAGAUAAGUCAAUUAGUUUAGCAACAUGAACUCAGGGGUAAUAAUGGAGUUGGAAGCAAUGUAUACUUUUGAGUAUCUUAAAAUUAGUGACAGGUUAUUUUGAGAUGUCAAGCACUAUCGUGAUCAUUGCAUUAUUUAUUUUGUUUUAUCUGAUGGUGAUUUUAUUUUAUUUUUUCCUGUGACCUGUUUUUUGUCCAAGAUGUGCUGUUCUAUACCUGCAGUUCUGUACUUAAAAUAUCCUGUAUUCUGUUGACCCUUAAGCUUCACUCUUUUGCUUGUAAUAAAGUUUUUAAAAGUUU